GAAUAAUUUGUUAAGAUUAAAUGAAAUAAUGAAAAACAAUUAUUAUAAAAGCUACAUGACAAAUUUUAUUACAAAAUAUUUUUUAUUUCAUUUUCUGAAAAUCGUUGUAAAAUACAGAGUUUCAUGAUUUGAGACGCUUAAGAAAACAAAAAAGCGAGGGUAAAACAGUAACUCAGACCUACAUCAGUACAUUGUACUUUGUCUACUUUCUUUUGUUCUUCGUUCUCCACGUGGUUCUGUUCAACAAUUUUUACACACGCGCGUCGCGCGUCUACUUUAGCUAAAUACGCAUUUAAUUUUUAGGGAAGGUGAGUGAGUGUUAUACUUUAUGCUCUCUCUCUCUCUCUCUCUCUCUCUCUCUCUCUCCAUUUCUUUUCUCAUGGAUUCUCUAGCUCUCUUCUGCACUGGGGCUCUUCUAGCUGGCGGUCUUUACUGGUUCGUCUGCGUUUUAGGCCCAGCCGAGCAAAAGGGUAAGCGUGCCGUCCAUCUCUCCGGCGGUUCCAUCUCCGCUGAGAAAGUUCAAGACAACUACAAGCAAUAUUGGUCUUUCUUCCGCCGCCCAAAGGAGAUCGAAACUGCCGAAAAAGUCCCAGACUUCGUCGAUACUUUCUACAACCUGGUCACCGAUAUUUACGAAUGGGGUUGGGGCCAAUCCUUCCAUUUCUCUCCUUCUAUCUCAGGGAAAUCCCACCGCUACUCAACGCGCGUCCACGAAGAGAUGGCCGUUGAUCUUAUCAACGUCAAGCCCGGAGAUCGAAUCCUGGACGUCGGAUGUGGCGUUGGUGGACCCAUGCGUGCCAUCGCGGCUCACUCGCGAGCCAAAGUCGUGGGCAUCACUAUCAACGAGUACCAAGUGAAUCGUGCCAGGCUUCACAACAAGAAAGCCGGGUUAGAUUCGCUUUGUGAAGUUGUUUGUGGAAACUUCCUUGAGAUGCCAUUUCAAGAUAAUAGCUUUGACGGCGCGUAUUCGAUAGAGGCAACAUGCCACGCGCCGAAACUGGAAGAGGUUUACGCCGAGGUGUUUCGAGUACUGAAACCCGGAUCUCUAUACGUGUCUUACGAGUGGGUCACAACUGACAAUUACAGAGCUGAUAACCCUGAACACGUGGAGAUCAUUCAAGGUAUUGAAAGAGGUGAUGCUUUGCCUGGUCUGAGGAGCUACUUGGACAUUGCGGAGACUGCCAAAAAGGUUGGCUUUGAGGUUGUCAAAGAGAAGGAUCUAGCGAAGCCACCUGCUUUACCCUGGUGGACCAGGCUCAAGAUGGGGAGAAUCGCCUACUGGAGGAACCACAUUCUCGUCACUGUUCUGGCUGCCAUAGGGAUAGCUCCUAAAGGAACCGUUGAUGUUCACGAGAUGCUGUUCAAGACCGCUGAUUAUUUGACCAGAGGUGGGGAUUCUGGAAUUUUUUCCCCGAUGCACAUGAUUCUCCUCAGAAAACCCGAGGUGCCACCUUCAAAAUCUUAGCCAUUUUGUUUUGAGGUUAUAUAGCGGACAGUGAUAAUCUGAUUUUGAAAAGUGAAACCCAAAGCAGAAGUGAUGGCAGUCCGAUGGCAGGGGAGGGAGCGCACAGUCACAGGCGCAGUCACAGUGCACAUGGAAGGUUAUGAACUUUUGCACAGGAGCUUAGGUGGCGACCACUAGCACAUUCUAACCAUGGAUUCCACCAAAUCUGUUCGGCUUUUUGUGCAUUUUGUCACAUUUUAUGUAGUUUAUUGAAAAUGUUACAAUUGAACUUUAGAUUCAACUUAUUGAAUGUAGUUGAACUUUAGAUUUGUUGAAUGUGGUUGAAUGAAGUGUUUGAAUGAAUAACCUAUUUGAACUCGGGUUCUUAUGUCGUAUUAUUAAUACAUUGAAUUAUUAUAUCAGUGGCUCUUCAGCUCGUGUUAAUGGUUAAUUUUCAAAUUUGCUUUGAUACCAACUAUUGAAUUGUGUAGUUAGCCGUCUAAUAAAUCUUUUUUUUCCUAGUCAUGCUCCCUAUUUAGGUCAUUGGGUACUGAUAUUUUUCAUGCAAAUACAUCGUUGUCCACAAGUUUUAAGAUAUUUGUUUUUGGAUAUGUGAAAGAAGUCCGGAUUUGAAUCCUGGAUUUCAAUUUUUUAGAAGUGUUGAUAAUUAUCAGGUUAUGACAGGAUUGUUACUAGUUUUGAAUCUUCUUGUAACAUGGAAA